AUGAACCCGUUGAUUGGUUCACGUCAUGACUGUACACUCACAGAAUGUGAGUUUAAUUUAUGUGAAACAUGUCUACCAAAGAAUAAGCAUGAACAUCCUCUUUCUGAAUAUCUUACAUCUAAAAGAACUUAUUCAUUAGAAAAACUCUUUACAUCGAUUCCUUAUUUAAUUAAUUCUAAUAAUGAUGAAAAAGUUGAAACGAAAACACUUUGGGAAAAUGAUGUAAAAAGUAUUGGAUUUAACUUCCUGGUUCAUUGGUGUUUACCAUGUCGUGAGCUUUCAUUAAGAUUAGUAGAACUCUACAAAGAAAUACAAACAACUUCUAAUGGGUUUCGUCUUGUUUUCAUAUCAUGUGAUCGAGAUGUGGAAUCAUUCAAUAAAUAUCGUGCAGCAAUGCCUUGGCUUGCUGCUCCAUUAGAUGCAGGUGCCCUUCUCAAAGCAUAUUUUCGAGUUUCUGUUAUUCCAUCAUUAUUCAUUCUUUCAUCUGCUGGAACAGUUUUAUCCCAUAAUGAUCGUGAUGAUAUUUUUUUAACAAAAGGAGUCGAAGUAUUCAAAACAUGGGCACAAGGAGAAAAGUUACCGACUUCUUUACCAGAACAAUUCGAAUGA